UAGCAUAUUUGAGCACCUGUUUGAGUAUAACUUGCCACAAACCACAAACCUGAUCAUAUCUUCAGACAAUAUGUUUUUUCGAACUUAUCCCAUCUGCUGCAAAGUUUCAAACAUGUUUAUUCCUAAGGUGAGACUUCUACGAUUAUAUAGUGCCAGUGGAAAGAGCAGAUAUAAAAUUAAAAGUUUUAAAGGUCUUCUGGAAAAUGAAGUACUUUAUGGCCGUUCAGUAUGUAACAUAGCUUUGCAGAUAUCGAGAAGACCAAUUUUUCGAUUACAUUUGUUGAAAUUAUGGGAGACUUCAGAACCAACGGAUUCAAGAGUUUUGGAAACUAUAGAAUUGGCAAGUAAAAGAGGAAUACCAACAUCAUAUAAAGAUAGACGAACACUUGAUAAUAUGUCAUCACAUCGCCCACAUCAGUCCAAGGGUAUUUGCUUGGAAGUCGGAGAACUUCCAUAUGUAAAUUUGGAUGAAGAAUCUUGCAAAACCCUCUGUACAACUGCUACUCAUCAUUCAAAAAUUCCAAUAUGGAUUUUGCUGGUUGGUAUAAUAGAUCCAAUGAACAUGGGUGCAAUUUUGAGAUCAUGUCUGUACUUCAAUGUGGACAAUGUUAUAGCAACAACUGGUUGUGCUCCCAUCACACCAGUCCUCAGCAAAGCAAGUAGCGGAGCUGCAGAAAUUCUUCAAGUUUAUUCUACAGAUGAUCCAGAUUACCUCGUUAAGUUUCUCAGGAAAACAGACUGGAACAUUGUUGGAACUGUAUCCGAAGAACAGCAAUUCGACAACAGUCUUAAGAACUCGCCCACAGUGCUUGAUAUUAGUGAUGCACAUAUUGGAAAACCUUCAAUUAUUAUAUUCGGAAAUGAAGGAUCAGGAAUUCCAGCCGAGCUACUAGACCUUUGUACAAUGUUAGUUUCAAUUAAAGCUUCACCACCAUGUAUUGAACAAGAUUCCCACCAGAAAUCAUUAAGAAACCUUGUUGGAAGUCUUAAUGUAUCUACAGCGGCAGCCGUCAUACUCCAUGAAAUGACGAAAAAAAGGAUUCAAUGAGAAUACAAGUAAUACAUACAUUCAUUCAUUUAUUGCACUUUUGAUUUUGUAAUAAAAUAGGCAGUAAACAAGA